CAAGUUAUCGGAGUUUCUGGACAAUUGGCCCUAAUUCGACGAAACCACUCAAGCAGAGCAGCGUCGAUCUGAGAAAAUCUCGAUAACUUUGAACUCUUAGCACCUAGGCUCGUUCCGCUGGCAACUGCUUCUUCUAUUCGACGCCUGUCUUUGAUGAUGCCAGCUAAAGUACCGUGAGGGACGUCGUACUUCUUUUCCAACGCAUUCCGUGACACGCCGGAGUCGAGUUCGGCCAAAAUCGCGUAUUUUUCUGAGAAUGACAGCCGUUUUUGCUUUCUGGAAGCCAUGCUCAAGACACGUGAUCGGCGCAUGCGUUACAAAAUUUACAUUGGUCGGUAUAAACGAGGAAAUUAGUACUACACUGGACAGUUUAGACAGGUCGGUAAAUGCAAUUUGUCACUAUAUCCGCUGUCGCUAAACCCGAGGUAGGAAGACAUAUUUUGUACUAUUUUCUUGAUAGUGUAAAACGUUUCGGUCGUUAAUACCGAUGUGUCGCUAAACCCAAUGUCGCUAAAUGUAAGGUUGACUGUAGCAACUUCUUCUCCAUAAUUCCACUUGGCUGUGAAUCUGCGUAAACGAGCAUACUUGACUGACAUCCAAACAGGUGUAAAGAUUACAACAUUUCAUGGUGAAGGUGGUAGCCGACAUUAGAAAUCAAUGAGCUGGUGACCCGUAUUACAAUAGAAAUGUCUUUGGUGGCAAAGUUUCAUUGCCCAAUUUUUCCCUUAUUUUGGUUCAGACAGUUUUCCUUCAGUUCUGCGGCACAUAGGAAUUAUCCACUCAUUUGAACCUGGAUUUUUCAUCACGUGCGGUCUAGAUGGAUGUCAGUCAAGCUACCGAAAUUUUAAGUCCUAUAAACGUCAUCUGUACCGCAAACAUGGCGACUUACAAAUGUUGGAGCCUGUUCUCUCCGAGAGGCCUUCCAUCAGCGUGGGCGACGCUAGCCAUGGCCACUGUGGAGACCCCGGUGAUACAGCCUGCCCUGAGGAUGUCGAUGCUACUGGAAUUGACUACAGUGCAAUUGAUGAAGGAAGCAGGGACUUGAUCCGAGAUGCUGGCGCCAAGUUUUUGCUAAGAAUGAAAAAUGGUCUCAAUUUGAGUCAGCACGCUUGCGACGAGAUGAUCGCAGGAGUGACAGAGUUGUUUGGUGUUUUUUUUUCGAAUCUACAUUAGCGUGUAAGAAGGGUCGUUGGUACAGUAGCAGAUAGCGGCGACUGUCUUGACCGUAUAUUUCAAAACAUCAAUCCGUUUCUUGGUAUGUGUAGUCUACAUCAUCAAAGGAAAUACUUCAAAGAAGAAUUUGGACUACAUGAGCCAUCUGAAAGAAAGCUUGGACAGGAACUUGUUCGAAAAUACUGUGGUGGUUCAUCAAGUUUAGUAUCCAAGGGUCAUUACUGUUACGAUGUAGACUUCCUGAAGUCACUUGAAAGUCUACUGCAAAUUGAUGAAUUACUAGAACAGAUUGAAAAUCCUCACUUUAAUGAAUCUGACGUAAUGGCUGAUAUGUGUGAUGGAGAAGCAUUUAGAAGUCACCCAUUGUAUGGCAUUGAUCCUCAAGCACUGCAAGUUAUACUUUAUUACGACGACCUAGAAAUAUGCAAUCCACUGGGUUCCAGUGUGAAGAAACAUAAGCUUGGGGCAUUCUACUUCACACUUGGAAAUAUUCUUCCAAGGAAUCGUUCUCUUCUGCAUUCCAUUCAGUUGCUGGCUAUUGCAAAGACAUCCAUCAUUCAAUUAUAUGGGAUUGAUGUAAUUCUUGAGACGUUUAUGACAUCUAUUAAGAUACUUGAGGAGGGCUAUGAUUUCCUUGUGAGAGGUACUCAGCGGAACAUGAAGGGAACAUUACUACUUGUUGCAGCAGAUAAUCUUGCUUCUCAUUAUGUGGGAGGUUAUAAGGCUCUUCAUUCAGCACUUAGGAAAUGUCGUUACUGUUUGGCAACUGGUGUUGAUAUGUCUAUGAAAGUGUGGCUUUUAAGAAGUUUACUGGCAACUUACUGUACAAUAAAAUAUUGUACUUUAGUUUACUACUGA